AUGGCAGGUUCACCUUUUCCACAUCCCGGGAAAGGAUACGUUUAUCUGAGGAUGUUGUAUCGUGGAAAAAAAGACGGCGCUGUAAUUUUGGGUUUACGACAUCCUUGGGAGCAUGGUGAACACGGUCAUGAAAAUGGUCAUAAUGGAAAUAAUCAUCAUUAA